AUGUCAGGCCGUUAUCGCCACGUUCUUGAAGUUCAUGUUAAUAAAGAAGAUAUGUUCACUUGCUCGGCUUGUGAUUUCUCUCAUUGCAGCUCAAUAGCCGAAGCUAGAAAUCACGCCGGCACUGCUCACCCUGACGAAAACGCGUGCCCACAAAGCAAAAGCGGUUCCACUUCAGCUGGAGCAUUGCAAGUUGUUCAGCUCUUUUACGAGGCUUGGGCUCACCUAAACAAGAAU